AUGAACUUCCUCCUCCAAGGCAACUGCACGCCCUCAUCCUCGUGCGUCGCGCCUGGCGGCGGAGCGCGAGCCCUAUCGGCUGCCGCCCCUCACUCCCACAAUGCCCGGCACCCGGCGCAGUCCUCCGCAAGGGCCGCCGGGAGGACUGGCUGCCUCCCACGCGAGGAGGCGAGGCGGGGCGAGGCGAUGUCUUCCCUCAGAAACGGAAACGGUAAAGCACAAGCAGGAGCAGCUGUGCUCCCAGAGGGAGCAUCCCAGGAAAUGGAGACGCUGGAUACUAAUUUCUCGAGGGACCAGCAAGUCUGCAAGUUCUCGGAGGACUACAAGCAAAUCUACCUGUCCCUGACCUACAGUAUCAUCCUCAUACUAGGGCUACCCCUGAAUGGCACGGUCUUGUGGCUCUCCUGGCGCCAAACCAAGCCUUGGAGCUGUGCCACCAUCUACCUGGUGAACCUGAUGAUAGCUGACCUGCUUUACGUGCUGGCGCUGCCCUUCCUCAUCAUCACCUACUCCCUGGGUGACAGGUGGCCCUUUGGGGAGCUGCUGUGCAGGCUGGUGCGCUUCCUGUUCUACAUCAACCUUUAUGGCAGCAUCCUGCUAUUGACCUGCAUCUCCGCGCACCGCUUCCUGGGCGUGUGCCACCCACUGCGCUCGUUGCCCUACAGGAGCCGCCGACACGCCCUCCUGGGCACAGCCACCACCUGGGCCCUGGUGGUCCUCCAGCUACUGCCCACCCUCUUCUUCUCCCACACAGACUACAUCGAUGGCCAGAUGGUCUGCUACGACAUGACCGGCCCAGAGAAUUUUGAUCAGUUCUUUGCCUAUGGCAUGGUUCUGACACUGUCUGGCUUUGCCUUUCCUUCCUUGGUCAUCUUGGUGUGCUACUCGCUGAUGGUGAGGAGCCUGAUCAAGCCAGGAGAGACCCUCAGGAGGACAGGCAAUGCAGCCCGGGCCAAGUCCAUCCAGACCAUCUUGCUGGUGUGCGGCCUCUUCACCCUCUGCUUUGUCCCCUUCCACAUCACACGUUCCUUCUACCUCACACUCCGCUUUCUAUCUUCACAGGACUGCCAGCUCUUAAUGGUGGCCAGCGUGGCCUAUAAGAUAUGGAGGCCUCUGGUGAGCAUGAGCAGCUGCCUUAACCCAGUCCUGUACUUUCUGUCGGUUGGGAAUAACAGAGUCAGGCUCCUCCAGGAACUCAGGCAUAAUAAGGUGGGUGAGCAACCAGCUGGAGCCAAGGGAGAGAGACCCAGGGAUGGCCAGAUCUGGGUACUGACAAGAUGAAGUUUGGGGAAAAUGAGCUCCAAGAUGUUGAUAAUGACUUGUUUGAACACAGUCAUGUGGUAUCAGGAGAGGGGCUCAAGAUCUCUGAGCAGUAUCCUGCUACAAAGGAUUUUAUACUGAUGUUAAGAGAUUGUAUAGGAAGAGUAUGGAGACAGCCACCUACACAAAGGAAAACUUUCUCAUUUUAAUCAGAGCUGGAAUUUAUCUCUUAUCACUCAGGCCUAAGCUUGAACAUCACCUCCUCAGAAGCUCCUACCCACCCUAGUUAAUACUGACCUCUUUCCCCAUAACCCAGUCACUAUUUCCCUAUCUAUUGUCUUUUUAGCACUUA